CCAACGUAGGCGUUGCUAGUCUCGAGUUCGACCCAGUUUGAAAGUGAACCAACGGAUGUAGUCGUUGCUUCAUUUCCAAACAACAACAACGGCAACAAAAAGAACCCGACAUCCUAGAUCCGAACCCUGUCCGGAGCCUGCUUCAGCCUGUAGCCAGGUAUCCUGACGAUGUCUCUCUCAGGCCACCAGUAUGAUGCGUAAAGAUGUCAACAAGCCGAAGGGGAAGACGUCGGCAUACGCCUUUUUUGUCCAGACGUGUCGAGAGGAGCACCGGAAGAAAAACCCAGAACAAUCUGUCAACUUUGCCGAGUUCUCCAAGAAGUGCUCUGAGAGAUGGAAGGCUCUGUCUCCCAGUGACAAGAAGUGUUUUGAGGACAUGGCCAAGGCCGACAAGGUCCGCUACAACAGGGAGAUGAGAGACUACAUCCCACCCAAGGGCUUCGGAAAGAGGGGCCGCAAGAGGAAAGACCCCAACGCACCCAAAAGACCCCCGUCUGCAUUCUUUGUGUUCUGCAGCGAGUACCGUCCCAGCGUGAAGCAGCAGUAUCCUGGUCUGUCUAUAGGAGACUGUGCCAAGAAACUGGGAGAGAUGUGGAGCAAACUGUCCCAGUCGGAGAAACAGCCGUACGAGGAGAAGGCCCAGAAGCUGCGAGAGAAAUACGACCGGGACAUGGUGGCGUACCGCGGUGGUGGCACAUACGCCAGGAACCCCGGCUCUUCAGCUCAGGGAGGAGAGGAGGAGGAGGAUGAUGAAGGGGAGGACGAAGACGAGGAUGAGGAGGAUGACGAGUAGAGACGUAGAGUUGCAGCUGGAUAAGAGAGAGACUGUGUGAGAGAGAGAGAGACAAGUAGGUGUGUGUGUGUGUGUGUGUUUCAGAGACGGUGGAGGUGAGUGUCUGACAGCUGAUUGGACAGGAGCAGGCAGGGGGUGGAGCUUAGCAAGCAGAUGAGUUGAGGUUUGAAACAGACUGAAGAACAAAGUAAAGGUUCCACCUGUGAGUGUCCUGAGAUGUCCUGCUGCAGCCGGUUUAAGAGACAGAAGAAGAAGGACAGGGCGACUCAGCCUCCCCGAGAACACGCAGUGAAAGCAAGAUGUGAGCAGCGUGUCCUCUUUGAAGUCAUCAGAACAGUUGUCUGUCAGCAGGACAGUGGCUGGACAGUGUCUUUACCAGGUCAGACAACAAGUGUAGGGAUAAAUUCUAGUUUUCAUGUAAGUUCAUUGAGAAGAAAAGGCAUUUUUAUGUAGCCUAUGGAUUAGAUCCC